AUGCACAUCCUCUCCGAACCAAAUGUCUCCAAAAUCUUCCGCAGUCUAACACAAGACCAAUGUCACGACUUCAUCACAACACUCGGCAAUGCCUUGAUCAGCAUAACCAAAGAAUCAAAGCCCUCAACCCCAGCAUCCAGCAAAAAGAUCCACCAACCCCUUCGUACAGUCUUCACCACAAGCAAUGACAACACCUGCAUCUUCAUGCCGGUAUCGGACACUGCCUCCACCGGCAUGAAAGUGGUAACAGCAAGUCCAUCCGGAAUCCAAGGUGUAAUCAACAUCUUCAACCCGGAAGGCCGACUACAAGGCCUGCUAGCCGCAGCAGAAGUAACAGCCUUCCGCACCGCACUGGCAACAAUGGCCCUCUUCGUGCGCUGCACGACCCUCCGAAAGGACAACGUGCUUGUUCUCGGCAGCGGGCGACAGGCAGAGUGGCAUGCACGUCUUGCGAUACUACUAUAUCCCGAACAGGUGCGACGGGUGACGUUUGUGAAUCGCGGUGCGAAGAGACUCGCCGAGAUGGAGAGAGAUGUUGUUUCUGAAUUGCGGGGCACGUAUCCCGGUCUUGUUUUUGACACGCUUGCUAAGGAAGGUGUUGAUGAUUAUGAGCAGAGGCUUGGGGAGGAACUUGCCGCUGCCGAUGUUAUCUUUAGUUGUACGCCUGCUACGGUGCCGAAUUUCGGAUAUGCCGCGUUGCAGAACAAUCCUAAGCAGAGGUUUAUCUCGCUUAUUGGAUCGUAUAAGCCGGAUAUGCAUGAAAUUGAUACUGAGACGUUGCUUUCGGGUGGUGGGAAGGUUUAUGUUGAUUCGAAGACGGCUUGUCUUGAGGAGGCUGGGGAGUUGAUUACUGCUGGUCUUGGGGAGGAGCAAUUGAUUGAAAUGGGAGAUCUUUUGGGAGCCGAGGGGAUUGUGGAGGGGGUGGUUGAUGUUCCUGCUGGUUGUAAUGUUGUCUAUAAAUGUGUUGGUAUGGGACUUAUGGAUCUUGUUGUUGGGAAGAAGGUGCUUGAUGUUGGAGUUGAGAUGGAGCUUGGGUCUCAUGUUGAUGGAUUCUAA